AUGUCUCUGCUGCGGGCGUGGGGUCGGCUACCGUUGCUUCUGCUCCCGCGGUUCUACUCUGUGGUGCCGCCCCUGAACACUGCAGCCGAUAUGGCUGACGACAAGCCCAUUCGCGCUGUGCUGUGGCGCCAGGAAUGGGAAGCGCUGUCGCCAGACGUGCAAGCCGCUCGCAAGAUGCUUGCGCGGGAGCUGGCAGAGUCGAACCUGAUUGAUGACCGCACCUACCAUCUCCAGACCUACCGCCAGUGCUUUGUUGCUUCUGACGCCGUCAGUUACAUGGUUGAGAACGGCAAGGCCGAGUCGCGGGAGGCCGCUGUUGGUCAACUGCAGCACCUGGUGGAAGGCAACCUCAUCCAUCAUGUCACGUUCGACCACACCUUCUCCGACGCAAAGCUCUUCUUCCGCGCCACGGAUCCGGCCUCGACUGGACCAGGCAUCUUCACGCUCGCCGGCGACAAGAAGAACGUGGUGUGCUGGGCGACGGUGUCUGGUGUUGGCUUCCUUGGCCUCGGCUCCAACCCAACAGGCGUGAUUGGCCUUGAUCGAGAGGGCGCCACCAUCCACCACUUUACCAACGACAUUGCACCCGCACCCAAGUCGUCCCUUCCCGUUGACGAUUCGGUGGAGGUCAAGUACCUCGACGAGUCAAAAGGCCACGCGAUUGUUGUCUCCAACACCAAAGGAACCAAACUCAACCUCACUUUCAGGGACAGCACGUCGAAGGAAAAGUUUGUCGAGGGUGUGGUUGCGUGCGGCGGGCGCGUGCUGGAAGAUGCGAGCGAACUCGUCAAGAACGCAACAUCCCUCUUCGAAUUCGAGGCGGUCAACAACGCCGGGGAGAAGGUGUCCUUCGAGACCUUCAGACCAAAGGAGUACCGCGACGUGAACGGCGGCUUUGAGGUCAUCGCAUUCCCCAGCAACCAGUUCAGACAGGAGCUGAAGGACAAUGCGGGCAUCCUCGAGCACGCCCGCGGGUUUGGCGCCGAGUUCCCGAUCAUGGAGAAGGUCUGGGUCAACGGCAGCAAGACCCAUCCGGUCUUCCAGUUCCUCAAGUCCCGGCUCGGCGGCUCGUUCGGCAGCUUCGUCAAGUGGAACUACACCAAGUUUGUGUGCGACAGCGAGGGCAAGCCUGUGAGGCGGUUUGGGCCGAGCGACGCGCCAGACACCAUGGAGCCCCUCAUCAGAGGCUUGAUGCUUGCGUGGGACCUCACCGUGGUUCUUGCCACAAGCCCCACACUGCGCCUCAUCUUGGUUGUCAGUAGCGGCGCUGUCGCAGUGCUGUUGCGUGUUGUUGUCUCCUUGUCUUGA